CGUCCGAGCGCCCGAUUGAACCAGAUGGUCUCAAACCUCAGCCCCACACCCCUCCCGACCACCCCGGCGCAGACCCGUGCCCUAAACGCAGUCUCCCUUUCUCCCCAGCGACUGUUUUGGCGUAUCCUCAGCGCACGGCGGUUGACUUCCUCUCCAUCGGCGAACGGCGGCUGACUUCCUCUCCAUCGGCGAACGGCGGCAAGCUCUUGUCGUUGCGGCGUUUUCCUCGGCGAACGGCGGCGGCUUCUUCCUCUCCUGGUAUCUCUCUGUCUUUCUCCUCCUCUUCCUCCUUCGCGGUCGCACACUGCCUUCUUCUCAUGGCAAGAAGUGGAGACCGAGGAGCAAAGGAAGGCGAAGAAGAAGAGGAACAUCACCGAAACCCCUUCCUUUCUAAUAGCAUCAACAAGCCUUGGACUUCCAAAACUCAGUUCAGGAGUGAAGUAUCCAAGGCUUGUUGGGAUGAGGAGAUGGGGAUGGGAGAGAUCAUUGAAAAGAAGGGAAGCAUGUGGGCCACUACCGGAGUCAUUCGGAACGGCAAGCUAUAUUGUCACAUUGAAGAAAUCCUGUUUUUGGCUGAAAGAGGGGCAUUGAUUCUCACAAGUCCUGAUGGUAAGACAAUUAAUGUUGGAGAUAUAUACAAGAUGAUUCUAGGAUCAAAGUUUGGGUGUUCCUGGGAGUCCUUCGAGGCGUACAGGCACUUAAAAUCACUUGGCUACAUAGUUCAGCGAUAUGGCAUACCUUGGACAUUGAAGAAUGAUAUUAUCUGCUGCAGCUCCAAUUCACCAUCAGAAAAUAAUACAAGAUGUUUUGAAAUUUCAAACUUAUUACAAGAUAUGCAGAUCAGUGAGUUGAAGCCGACAUUUAAAGUAUAUCUGCCUAAUAGCAAGUUUCGAAAAUCUUCUCCCGGUGAUCCAAGUUUCCUGCUCUGUUUAUUAAGUGGGAAUCCACCUUCACGAUCCGAAGUAGAAAAUCUUGAGAAAAAAUGUGAUGGUUUACCCUUGAAGUUCUGUUACGUAGACCAUGGACGGCUGGAUGCAUGUGUACUGAUGAUGAUACGUAGUCUUAUGGGAGGAAUCGAGUUAAGUAUAUUUAUAUGUUGGUUUAAUUUCUUGCACACACUGGUCUCAAUUUCGUUAAUUGGUGUUAUUUGGCUCAUUUUUCAUAUGUUGCUAUCAGAAACUUUAAAUUUACUGCAAAGAAUAUAUCAGAGCGUUGUAGUUGUGCCACAAUAUAGAGCAAUAAUUUUCUGCAAAAAAAAAAUUGAAGCUGGCUUACCAGAUGUUAUACAUCCCUAAAGAGUUUAGUAUGCAAUCUGUAGUUGAUGCCAUGUCUUCUAAUGCUUAUUUUUAAAUGCAUGGUUUUUGGUUAUAAGUUAUUAUUAAGUAUAAUAUGCAGAAAUGUAUACAACUUAUUGAUGUGAAACCAUGACCAUAUCACAUUGCCUGCAAAUUCUUAGAUUGAAGGUGUAAAGCAAAAAUGUGCUUCUAACUUGUUUACCUUUGUUUGGUAGCUGAUGCUAGUUGACCUAAUCCUGUAAAAUCUAGUCAUGGCUUAUAUGAUAAGCUUCCUAAAUGUUGUAUUUGUGUGGAGAAGGCUGGCUAAUCACCUUUCAGUUCAAAAUGUGAUUCUUGGUUGCUUCAUUUGUUUGUGCAGCAGAUAUUGCAGGUUGACCAAUGUUAUUUCUGUUUUCUAUUCAUCAAACAAAACACUAUCUUGAAUUCAGUAUCAUACUGUUCAAGUGACGACAUUGUUUAUUACUUUAUUACAUCAUUACAGUGUCAUUGCAUGAUAGGGAUAAUGAAUUUAUUUGACAAUUGCAUUUUUAUUUUCGUCAUAUAUGCUUAUGUUAGUUUGCUGAAAUAUAUGCUCAUUAUACUAUCAUCAACAAUUCCUUCUCACGUUUCAGAACCUAUUAUGUGAUUAAAAAGAAGAGAUGGCAUGCAUGUAGAAAUUGCUCGAAAACAAGAUAUCUUCAUACGAUUAAAAAAAUAUGACACGAUGUCCUUGUAACUCAUGUAUUCCUUUUAUCAUGGUACAACAGCUAUUAGCAAAUCUGUAUAGAUGAAUAGCACUUGAUUUUGGAAAGGUUUCCCUGUGAAAUGCCAGAAACAUGUAUUCUCAAGCUGCAACUUCACAGCAAGCUAUUCUGUUUUUUCACCCUUUUUUUCCACAUUUGUUCUCUACAUUUUAUGCCUUGGCCAUUACUGAUGCUUGAAAUGAU